AUGUUUCACAAGUGCACAGUGUAUCCUUCGGUUUUAAUAGAGCAUGCUAUCAUUGGCGGCGGCCUUCAAGCUGGUUCUGUCCACUUGGCAACGUACCUCGUGUCACAAUUCCUGACAGGUUGGGCUAUCGGCGGGCUCGUCAUACUUGUGCCUCUUUGGCAGAGUGAGGUUGCGCCUCCUCAUGUUCGUGGCCUCCUCGUUGGUUUUCACCGUGUUUCGAUCUUGGUUGGAUACUCAUCGUCUGCUUGGGUCGGAUUCGGCUUCUACUUCCAUGAAAGAGCUGAGGCUGUUUUGCGGCGUAUCUACGGAGACUCCAGUGAUCCCGACAACCAUGCAGCUCGGGCUGAAUUUGCUCAGAUUCGCGCUCAGCGGAAAAGGGCCUUGAUUGGUUUCACCACUAUUCUUGCUGGCCAACUUACAGGAACUACCGUCAUCAACAACUACGGACCUUCCCUGUAUGCAGCUCUCGGACAUGGUGCUUCUGCUAGUCUCGCACUCUCGGCUGGAUGGUUGCCCGAAGGACUUGUCUGCAACGCCAUCAAUGCCGUCCUCCUUGACUACGCCGGAAGAAAAUGGCUGAUGGUUACCGGCCUUAUAGGUUGCGCCAUUUUGCUUCUUGGUGUAAGCAUUAUGGUUGCUCUUUAUGGGGGCACGACAAAUAAGGGUGGUAAUUCGGCUGGUGUCUUCUUCUUGUAUCUGCACCUCACCUUCUAUGCCACCUGCGUGGAUGCCUCCACUUAUGUGUGCGGCUCUGAGAUCUGGCCUACCCAUCUUCGAGGGAAGGGAUUUGCGAUAUCCUGUGCCGGUCUUUUCGCUGGCUCUCUUACCCUUCUCGAGGCUGCACCGACUGCCUUUCAAACCAUUGGUUGGAGAUUUUAUUUGAUCAUGAUGGCGUUAACACUUAUUUGUGCCAUCAUAUUCGCCCUAUUCUUUCCUGAGACCAAGGGAAUGACCCUUGAGGAGAUUUCAGCUCUUUUUGACAAUGAAGUUGCUAUCGAGGCCUCGAGUGAUACCAAGACUUUGUCCAGUAGCAGCGGCAAGAAAAAGGUGAAGGUUUAG